UAAGUUUCUUCUUCAUUUCUAAGCCUCCCUUCUCCUUCUCCUUCUUCUUCUCCUUCUCCUUCUCCUCAUGGAUGACAUGGAUGCCGACUACGACAACUACUGGGAUACCAAGUUGUUCUGGGACGGUGAAGAGCUGAAUAGCUGGGGUGGACUUGAUGAACCUUUCUCCUCCUAUGAUUCGAGCUCGCCGGAAUGCGCCAUCUCCCCCACCUCCUCCUCCUCUGCUGCAGCAAAGAACAUAGUCAUGGAGAGGAAUCGUCGCAAGAAGCUCAAUGACAGGCUCUACGCUCUUCGCAGCGUUGUUCCAAAUAUCACCAAGAUGGAUAAGGCGUCGAUUGUUAAAGACGCGAUUGAGUACAUCCAACAGCUACAGAGAGAGGAGAAGCAGUUGCUGGAAGAGGUUGGAGAGAUGGAGUCCGGCCAUAGAGAGGGAAAGAUGAGUUCCUCCAUUAAUGAUGAAAUUGCGAGAGAGAAUGAGAUGAUUAGCCCAAGGAAGAAGAGGAAGAUGUCACCAUGCUCACCUGGCGGAGGACAAUCAAUUGAAGCCUUGGAGCUGAGCGUGUGUGAGGUUGGAGAAAGGACAUUGGUUGUAAGCAUAAGUUGCAACAAGAAGAGACACACGAUGAUGAAAGUUUGUGAGAUUUUUGAGUCUCUGAACCUCAGGAUCAUCACUGCCAGCUUCACCUCUGUCUCCGGGACCCUCCUUCACACUCUCUUCAUCGAGACUGAUGAGGGAACCAAUGGUGAGGCCUUGAAGGAAAAGAUAGAAAUGGCUAUUGCUGAAAUGAAUGUUCCAAGAAGUCCAGUGAGCUGCGUGAGCCUUUGAAUAAUCACUUUUAUAUAAUCUAUACAGCGCUUCUUCAGAUAAUUCAUUAUGAAGACGUACACCCUUUCAAGGUCUACUUGCAUGUCUUUCUAGUAUAAUAUGCACAAAUAUAAGCUAGCAUUAUUAAUUGUCUCUUCGACGACCCAAAUUAAGCAGAUGCAAUGAUCGAUGCAUGUAUCCAAAUGGUUCUGUUUGCAAUAAUGAAGGCACAAAUAUUUGUUU